AUGACCACCUCCAGCCAGCUGGUGGUUCCCAUGACAUUGUGGGGCAAGGUUGCCCCCACACACAGCGUGUCAUCAAUAUUCUUCACAAAGGACCAGAAGAUGAUAGUCACGGGCUCCAACGAUGGCCAGAUAUGUGUCUGGGACAUCGUGGAUGGGGCGAAAAUUGUGCCACGCAGCAUGCUUUUCGGUCACACUGGUCCAGUUCGGUGCCUAGCCUGGGCCUCUCCAUCUGGUGAAGGCUCUUUGCUGGUCAGCUCUUCCGAGGCUGGUGAAAUGUCUCUGUGGGACUUGACGGACGGCAGGUGCCUGGAGAGCAACAUGCUUCCCUAUGUUCAUACAUAUAUGCAGGCCCACAUGCUCGCCGGGGGUGAAAGCUCCCAUCUGUUUUGCAACGGCUACUAUCCGGACGUCGUCAUCCUCGACACUUUGACUCUGACUGUGGCCUACCAGCUAGCGUCACGCGUUUAUUCGGACUGGAUCAAUGCCAUGCAUGUUUUGCGAUCGCCUAAACGAAAUGAUGAUGUCGUCGUUGCCAUCAACGCUUCUGGAAUGGCCAAGGUCUGGACUCUGACGCCUGAUGAUUACAAGUCUUCCAUCCCACUGUACGAGAACGAGUCCAAGACUCUCAGGUGCCUGAACACCCUGUGCCUGGCGUGCUGUACAUACAACCAGCGCACAAUACUAGUGGUGACGGCCAAUUGCUGGCAUAUAUAUGAUGCCUACGACUUUGCGCUGCUUUGCUCGUUGGACAACCGGGCGGGUGAGGGGUGGAUGGGAGGAGACUUCAUCUCUGCUGACCGUGUAUGCGUGUGGAGCGACAAGGGUCGAGGUUACCUUUACCAACUGCCGGCCAAUUCCAUAGUCGACAACAGAGAGUUUCGAAGCAGGCCCAACUCCGAAGACAACGCAUUUCUCCUCUGUGUACUCGCUGUUCCCAAUGAUAAGAGUCUCGUGGGCCCCCCUGCAAUGGGGUACUUCUUGGGCACACGGGGUGGCUUUCACAAAGUGCUCUUGAGAGGAGACUCAAAUGGACGGGUCGUUAUAUGGAACGUUGUGGACAUAGCCAUUUCCGAUGUAGAGCGCAUUCGCCAAGAUGCGAGUGCCAUCCUUCAAAAAAAACCUUUCCUGAACCUGUCUUUACAAGAUGCUUGGGAUGAAAUGAAGCCUCCAGCCCCUGGCAUUUUGGACAAAAUGGAUCUGCCUGAAGAAAACGACGAGCUGAAACUUACGGCUAGCGUCUACCUGCCCCUGCAAGGACGCCUGGUGGUUGGCAGGGAAGACGGCAGCAUCGUUGUCAUGUCGGCCACACAAGCCGUCAUGCUACAGCUCCUUUACGGGAAGCAACACCAUGACGACCAACCGCAGCUGCAAGUGAUGCGAGGCCACGCUGGACGCGUGACGUGCCUGCUGUAUCCAAACUACGUUCACCCGCGCUACGAGUCCACCCACCUGGUUUCAGGGGGCGUGGACUUCUCCGUCUGUCUGUGGGACCUGAACGCGAGCACCCUGCUGCACCGAUUCUGUGUCCACGCGGGUGAAGUCACGCAGCUUCUAGUGCCACCGAAUGACGGCAGCCCACGAAUUCUCCAGAGCAUUUGCAGUGUGGCCAGUGACCAUUCUGUGGCGCUGGUGGACCUCAAGCAACGCAAGCCCAUCUUGUUGGCCUCUCGGCACGAGUUCCCUGUCAGUGUGGUCAAGUGGCGACCGUCGCAAGACUACAUGAUGGUCAGCCUCUCGGACGGCUCGGUCUACAUCUGGGAAAUGGAGACCGGGCUCCUGGACCGAGUAGUGCAGGGUCUGACGGCAGAGGACGUUCUGAGCGCCUGCGACGACUACACCGGCCAGCCCGGAGAACGCAUGACGAAUGCGGCGGUGCGUCAUCGUAAUAUGUCUGCAGUACGGCAAGCCGGCCAGCGUGGGGUGCGCCAUCAACAUCACUCCUCGCACCACCGCGCUUCUGGACACCAGCACGGAAUGGGCCAUGAAGCAGGCGACAGCGUCCACGCUCGUUCCCGGGCACAUCCCCUCAUGAUCCAGGGGCUCAGGACCAACCAUAUGGAUCAGUACAGCCACGUGCUCUUCUUCGACAUUGAGACGCUCAUCAGCUUCCUGAACUCCCUAAAAGGAAAGCAACGCAGAGAUGCUUCCGCUGCUAGGAUGGCUAUGCGCGCCUCGCGAGACAUGUCGGAACUGCUGGCUGAAUUCAAAGUGCAAAUGCAGUCCGAGCAGCGUUCAGGACCACUGCCAGGCACCCUGGAGUCGCAGGGCCUCUCCAACCAGACCGAGUACCAGAAAUACCUCGCCACGUCCACCAUAUCACCAGAGACGCACAAGAAGUCCUCAGGUAUGUAGCAAUAAGCUUAUUUUCAGAUGGUGCCAGCAAGAAGUCUUGUAGAGGCAGCGUCAAAAGUUUACGGGACAUGACGCCUGUGAAGUGGCAGAACAUUUCCUGAGCCUGAGCAUGCGGCAUGGAUUGGAAGUAUUGCACAUGUGCUAAUGUGCGCGACCCACCUAGUGUUGCAAUUUUUUAGAGACGGAGCUGAAGCUGGGCUGAUAUUCAACCUUUUUG